AUGGCCAAGCCUGCAACGACGCGCGUAAAAGAUGCGCUCAAGCAAUGCGACAAGUACGGGCGCGAGGAUUGGAGCGACCGCGACGCAUCAGCAAACAGCGUCUCGACAACAGCCAGCGCCGCAGCCGACAUUGCUUGGCCGCAAAUGGAGCACGUUAAGGCAGUUUACAUCCUGUGUAAAGGAAAGCCGCGCGACAUAUACAUAGAGGCACUGGAGGGUGCGAAGCUCGAGAACAUGAUCAAAGGCGAUGCGUCUGGACUCAACUCAUCUGAGUCCGACAUCGAGAUUGUCAAGCCACCCAUGAAGAAGAAGAAGGUGGUCGAGGACGAAUUGGAUGACCAGGACAAGCGGAUUGCCAUACUCGAGCAAAAAAUCAAGGAGCUUGAGAGCAAACUCAACAAGCAGAAUAACUUGAUUAAAGCCAUACUGCAGAAGCUCACGACGCUCGACGAGCGUGACCAAAGACUAUAUCGCCAUGACUGA